AUGAGUGCCACUACUCUUGCAAGCAACCCCAUUUUUCAUUCACGAAUCAAACACAUUGAAGCGGACGUUCAUUUUGUCUGCGAUCAAGUAACAAAAGGAGCCCUGGACAUUAAAUACGUGCCUUCGUGCGAUCAGACCGUAGAUUGCUUCACUAGGACUCUGUCACAAACACAGGUUAAGUAUUUCAGGAAAAAACUUGGAUUAGUUCACCGACCGCUUCCCUUGACAAGUUUGAGGGGGAAUGUUAAGAACAACUGGCAUCAGUCUCUGCUUGAAGACAAGUGUGCCAACUUGUCCAGCUCAGCGGAAAGCUCCAGUCACCACGCCAUCUCACCUCACAGAUCACCGACCAACACGCAUGGCCGACAACUGGAAUGCAAUCGUCCUCCUCCUGAGUGCCAAAUCCUCCGGGACUGGAAACCGUUAAAGCUGCAUGUACCAGCUACAUUUCCAUACGACAUAGACAAGAAGAUCUCCCCGCUUCCGUAUAAGAUAUGGCCGGCAAAAGGAGAGGAGCUAGCGGCUGCAAAGCAGGAGUUGUUUGAAUGUUUGAAGACUCUGGAAAAAGAGAUUGGAGAGAAGCGUUACUUUGGGGGUGAGGGACUUGGGUUGGUGGAUGUGGUGUUGUUGCCUUUUGUCCGGUGGUUCUAUGCGCUGGAGACUUGUGGGAGUUUCAGCGUUGAAUGUGAGUGUUCGAAGAUAGUGGUAUGGGCGGAAAGAUGCGCGCAGCUGGACAGUGUGGCCAAGUCACUGCCGGAUCCUCACGAGAUUUAUGAGACUGGGGUGCAGCUUCGGAAGAAGUAUGGGAUGGAGUAG